UCUACUAUGAAAAAAAUGCCACUCAUGAAAGAACAUUUCAUGUUAGUGGGAAUCCUCAUCUUCUGCACCAUUGAAGAUGCAAGAUCUCUCGAUGGGCACUACACACUCCCAAAUGUUACACAUUUAACUGAUCUUUUUCAUCAUCAAACAUUGAACCAGGCAUUUUUAACAUCUUUUGGAAGCUCAAACAUCCAUUUUGGCAAUAAUGGGUCUAAUGUGCAGUUAACUCUCAACAAAACUUCAGGGUCUGGAUUGAUCUCUCUAAACAAAUAUAACUAUGGAUUCUUCAGUUCUGCCAUCAAGCUUCCUCCAGGUUACUCCUCUGGUGUAGUAGUAGCCUUCUAUAUGUCCAAUGCAGAUUUAUUCCCUCACAACCAUGAUGAGAUAGACUUUGAGUUUCUGGGUCAUGAAAAUGGAAAACAGUGGAUUCUGCAAACAAAUAUCUAUGGGAAUGGCAAAACCAACAUAGGAAGAGAAGAGAAAUUUCGACUCUGGUUUGAUCCAACAGAAGAGUUUCAUCAAUACAGCAUCAUUUGGAAUAGUCAUCACAUAGUGUUCCUAGUAGACAACAUACCAGUAAGAGAGGUUGAAAACAUUGGGGUCAUGUCAGCAGUUUAUCCAUCAAAGCCCAUGUCAGUAUAUGCAACCAUAUGGGAUGGAUCAGAGUGGGCAACAAAUGGUGGAAAGAACCCAGUGAAUUACAAGUAUGAACCUUUUGUUGCUUCUUUUGGGGAGAUGGAAAUGGAGGGUUGUGUAUGGAUUUCAGCAAGAUCAGUCCCUUCAUGUUCAAAGGGUGGUCAAGAAGGUCCUUCAACAGUAGACCCAGUUGAAGGUGAAGAUUUUGUUAAGCUGUCACAGCAACAGAAGAUGGGAAUGGAUUGGGCCAGAAACAAGUUCAUGAUCUAUUCAUACUGUAAAGAUCCUGGCAGGUUUCCGGUGUUGCCACCAGAAUGCAGAAUGAGAUAAUUAGAAGAAAUGAAGAAUGAUGUGU